ACGCUUUGAAAGGGGCGGGGCUGCGUGUGGUUGUUGGUUUUUUGUGGAUGAAUGAGCAGCUCCAGUCCUUCACUUUGUUCUGCAGGCUUUGCUGACAGGACGCUUUUCUAACCUCGUUCCAACCCUGUGACAGUUACCAUGGCCUCAUCUGAACUAGCUCUCCUGAGCGUGUCGGACAAAGCGGGUCUCGUGGACUUCUCCAGGAGGCUGGUGAGCGUGGGACUGUCCCUGGUGGCCUCCGGAGGCACGGCCAAGGUGCUGCGCGAGGCUGGGCUGGCCGUCAGGGAUGUGUCCGAGCUGACUGGACAUCCAGAGAUGCUGGGAGGAAGAGUGAAGACCCUUCAUCCUGCUGUGCAUGGAGGCAUUCUGGCCAGAAGGACCCCCUCUGACACCGCAGACAUGGACAAGCUGGGCUACAGCCUGGUCAGAGUGGUGGUGUGCAAUCUGUACCCAUUUGUAAAAACUGUCUCUAGCCCAGACGUUACAGUGGAAGAUGCUGUGGAGCAGAUUGAUAUUGGAGGUGUAACCCUGCUGAGAGCAGCAGCCAAGAACCAUGCUCGGGUCACCAUUGUGUGCGAUCCAGAUGACUAUUCACUGGUUGCUAAGGAGAUGGAGAGUUCCAGCGACAAAGACACAACCCUGGAAACACGCAAGACCCUGGCUCUGAAAGCCUUCACUCACACAGCUCAGUAUGACGAGGCCAUCUCAGACUAUUUCCGUGGUCAGUACAGCCGCGGCGUCUCUCAGCUGCCUCUGCGUUACGGCAUGAACCCCCACCAAGCACCCGCCCAACUCUACACCCUGCGCCCAGAGCUUCCGCUCAAAGUGAUCAAUGGCUCUCCGGGUUUUAUCAACCUCUGUGACGCUCUGAACGCUUGGCAGCUGGUAAAAGAGCUUAAAGGUGCUCUUGGAUUGGCUGCUGCCACUUCCUUCAAGCAUGUCAGCCCUGCAGGAGCUGCAGUUGGAGUUCCUCUGACUGAGGAGGAAGCCAAAGUGUGCAUGGUGCACGACAUGCUGAGCGACCUCACCCCGCUCGCCACAGCCUACGCCAGAGCAAGAGGCUCAGACAGAAUGUCGUCUUUUGGGGAUUUCAUCGCUUUGUCUGACGUUUGUGACGUUCCCACGGCUAAGAUUAUAUCCAGAGAGGUGUCGGACGGCAUCGUUGCUCCUGGUUAUGAGGAGGAGGCGCUUAAAAUCCUGUCUAAGAAGAAGAAUGGCAACUACUGUGUGCUUCAGAUGGAUCCAGACUACGAGCCCGACGACACAGAAGUGAGAGUUCUGUUUGGACUCUUUCUGAAGCAAAAGAGGAACGGGGCUCUCAUCAACAAGGACUUCUUCACAAAUGUUGUUUCCAAGGGCUCAUUAUCUGCUGAAGCUGUGCGCGACCUGACUGUGGCCACCAUCGCUGUGAAGUACACCCAGUCCAACUCUGUCUGCUACGCUAAAAAUGGCCAGGUCAUCGGUAUCGGAGCCGGGCAGCAGUCCCGGAUCCACUGCACUCGUCUGGCAGGAGACAAGGCUGAUAACUGGUGGCUGAGGCACCACCCCCGUGUGCUGAACAUGAACUUCCGCAGUGGAGUGAAGCGAGCAGAGAUGGCCAACUGCAUCGACCAGUAUGUCAGCAACACCAUCGGGGAGGGUCCAGAUUUGGCCGUGUGGAAAUCGAUGUAUGAAGAGGUUCCAGAACCUCUAUCCCACACAGAGAAGAAGAACUGGAUCAGUUCUCUGCAGGCCGUCGCUGUCAGCUCUGACGCUUUCUUUCCGUUCAGGGAUAACAUCGAUCGAGCUAAACAGAGCGGUGUGGAGUACAUCGCCGCUCCGGCAGGUUCUGCUGCAGACCAGGUGGUCAUCAACGCCUGCAACGAGCAAGGCAUCACUCUGGUGCACACCAACCUGCGACUCUUUCACCACUGAGCAACACUACAAAGGAAAACGACGUUUCCCGCUCACAUUUCCAACCCAGACAUUCCUGCUGCUGACGUUUUCUGUUUCUGUUACUCAUCUGGUGAUUUCUGCUUAUGAUUCCAACAGCUCAGUGUUUGAGUAAUUCUUCAUGUUUGUUGUUGGUCACUCAACUGUGGAAACAAAAUAAACUGCUGAUGACUCUAUAGCCCCCA